AUGUCGUCGGAUAGCGACAAGUCAAAGGGAGAGUUGCACCAGGGUCCUCAGAGCGAUGUCCUUCACUCCGAGGUCCUGGAUGAGCCCAAGGGCGAGGUGCACUCGAGCGAGAAGUCGGACCUUGAUCAUGCUGAGGUCUUGGUCAACCCGGAUCUGAUGAGCGAUGCCGUCGAUGGCGAGGUCCGUGAACAUGGCAUGACCAUGUGGGCGGCGGUCAAGCAGCACCCCUGGGCAUGUCUAUAUGCAUUUAUCAUGUGCUUCACCAUUGUCAUGGAAGCAUUCGACAUGUUUCUGAACGGCAACUUUGUUGCGCUUCCCGUCUUCCAACGAAGAUUCGGCGUCUCGCUCAAGGACGGCGGCUAUGCUAUCCCAACAAGAUGGCAGAGCGCCCUCUUCCAAUCUGGCCAAUGCGGUGCUUUUGUCGGUGUCUUCCUGGCUGGACCUGUUACCAAUCGUCUCGGCUACCGCUGGACCACCAUCUUGGCCCUGGUGCUGAUGAAUGCCACGAUUUUCAUUUCGUUCUUUGCCGACUCUCUCACGGUUCUUACAGUUGGACAGGCACUGGAAGGUGUCCCUUGGGGAUUCUUCAUUGCGAACUCGCCCGCCUACGCCAGCGAGAUUGUGCCCCUCGUCCUUCGAGGCGCUUGCACGGCCAGUCUGCAGAUGGCUUGGUCUGUUGGCCAAAUCAUUGUCGCCGCAGCCACCUACGGCUACAAUAAGCGAAACGACCAGUGGGCCUGGCGAGUGCCUCUUGCCUUGCAGUGGAUCUUCCCUACACCGCUAUUGAUUCUCAUCUUCCUCGGCCCGGAAUCACCUUGGUGGCUUGUUCGUCGUGGCCGCAAGCAGGAGGCCCUGCGCUCCAUCAAGCGCUUGGGUACGAAAUCGACCGAGCAUGCUGAACAAACACUCGCGAUGAUGGAACGGACUGUGGAAAUUGAAUUGCGCCAGGGCGGCACUCCUACGCUCCUCGACCUUUUCAAGGGCACGGAUCUGAGACGAACGACCAUUAUCUGCCUGAUGUACGCGUCGCAGAACUUUGCGGGUAACCUGAUUGCCAACCAAGCGACCUUUUUCUUUGAACAGGCCGGGAUCUCGACCAAUCGUGCCUUUGAGCUCAAUCUGAUCAACUCGUGUCUCCAAUUCUGCGCCAACGCGGGCUCGUGGUUCCUCACGGCUUGGUUCGGCCGCCGAACCAUCUACCUCUGGGGCACGGCGGUCAAUAUCACGCUACUGUUCGUGCUGGGCAUCUGCGCGUCGGUGUCGCAGAGCAGCGCGACCAACUACGCCCAGGCGGUGCUGGGGAUCCUCAUCUCGUUCGUCUUUGCCGGCUGCAUGGGCCCCAUCUCGUACACCAUCAUCGCCGAGACGUCGUCGGUCCGCCUGCGGGCCUUGAGCACCGGUGUCGGCCGCGCCGCCUACUACGUCGCCGAGAUCCCCAUGAUCUACCUCGCCUCGAAGAUGCUCAACCCCACGGGCUGGAACCUCGCAGGCAAGUGCGGCUACGUCUGGGGCGGCACCGCCUGCGUCUGCUGGAUCAUGGCCUUCUUCUUCCUCCCGGAGCUCAAACACCGCUCGUACCGCGAGAGCGAUAUCUUGUUCAACCGCAAGAUUCCCGCCCGGAAGUUCAAGUCCACCGUCAUUGACGUCACGGAAAAUGAAUGA